CUUCCUGUCUUGCUGUUGCAACACCCAUCAGCCUCUCUCCCUUUCCCUCCCACCUCUUUCUCGUAGUCCGGGCUCAGGCUCGGGUUCUGGCCUUCGGGGUUUGAGGCCCCUGGGACUGGAUUCUGAUCUUCAUCCCAAGCUCAAGCCUUCACUCCCCCACCUAAGGCCAGGGCUCCUCUUGGGACCUCCUGACCGGCUCAUCCCGGGACUCCGGGACUCGGUGGAUGCCCCUUCGCCUGCCGCCACCACUGCUGCCUCCGCUGCCUGAGCCCUGAUGGGGGAGUAAGAGGCCACAGCUGGCCGGACAUGGGCCUCCCCACCGUGCCUGGCCCACUGCUGCCACUGGUGCUCCUGGUGCUGUUGGUGGAAAUAUACCCCUCAGGGGUUAUUGGUCUGGUCCCUCACUCCAGGACCCGGGAGAAGAGAGACAGCCAGUGUCCCCACGGAAAAUACACCCACUCUCUUAAUAGCUCCAUUUGCUGUACGAAGUGCCAUAAAGGGACCUACCGGUACAAUGACUGUCCAGCCCCAGGGCGGGACACAUACUGCAAGAAGUGUGAAAAUGGCACCUAUACUGCUUCCGAGAACUACCUCAGCCAAUGCAUCAGCUGCUCCAUAUGCCGGAAAGAAAUGGGCCAGGUGGAGAUUUCUCCUUGCACAGUGGACCAGAACACCGUGUGUGGCUGCAAGAAGAACCAGUACCAGGAGUCUUUGAGCGACACUCUUUUCCGGUGCCGGAACUGCAGCCCCUGCCUCAAUGGCACGGUGCAAAUCUCCUGCAGUGCGAAGCAGAACACCGUGUGCACCUGCCACACAGGGUUCUUCCUAAAAGACAACAAGUGCGUCCCCUGUGAUAAUUGUGAGAAAAACACGGAAUGCACGAAGUUGUGCCCAUCCACAGGUGAAGUUAUUGGGGGCUCUCCGGACUCAGUGCUGUUGUCCCUGGUGAUCUUCUUUGGUUUCUGCCUUUUAUGCCUCCUCUUCAUGGGCUUAACAUGCCACUUCCAACGGUGGAAGCCCAAGCUCCAGUCCAUUGUUUGUGGGAAAUCAACACCUGUAAAGGAGGGGGUGCCGGAGCUCCUGCCCUCCGCCCCAGGCUUCAGCCCCACCACAGGCUUCAGUCCCAUCCCCAGCUCCAUGCCAAGUUCCACCUUUACCCCUGGUGACUGGCGCGACUUCAGAGCUGCACCACCGCCCAGAGAGAUGGCCCCAUCCCACCAGCCGGCCGGCCCUCUCCUCACAGCGGCUCCAGCCUCCACGCCCACGGCCACCCUUCUUCAGAAGUGGGAGGGCAGCACCUACACGCAGCGCCCAGAGGGUGAGCACCCAGCCAGGAAGCCCAGCCAGGAAUCCCGGUGGGGGUGCAGGCGGGCGGGGCUCCAAGAGAGCACGUGCAUGAGCAGGGAAGGAGCAGCCUGUGAGCACUGCUACCCCCUCCGGUUCUUCCCCCACUCAGCGCUGAUGGGCAGUCAUUUUUAUGCACAACUUUAUGUGGGGCUUCGGUGUCUAUGGUACACAAUGUACAGUGCUUGA